CCGCUGCUCCCGCUCUGCCCCACUUCAGCGGCCCCUGAUGGGCGGGCCCUGGGAGACCCCCUCCCGGCUGCCUCCUUAGGGGACCCCCCACCCAGCGCGGGUGGGGGGCGGGCGCAGGGGUUGCGCGCCCCUGCGCCUUGCGCGCCCUGCCCUAUGGAGAGGCGCCGGGCGCUUUGCUGCUGGUGGUGCCUGUCGCUGCUGCUGGCGGGGCAGCCGGCGGCCCGGGGGCACCCGCAGCCGUGCCACAUCCUGGCACGGAUCGGGCACACCGUGCGCCUGGGCGCCCUGCUUCCCCGCGCGGGCGAAGCCGAGAGCCGGGCGCGCAACGCCCUGGCCCGCGCCAGCCGCACGGCCACCUCCGCGCUGCCCUACAACCUCAGCCUGGAGGUGGUCCCCGGGGCGCCCCGGCAGAGGGACCCGGCCUCGCUGGCCCGCUGGCUGUGCCAGGCGCUGGUGGUGCGCGGAGUGGCCGCCGUGCUCGCCUUCCCCGCGUCCCGCAGGGAGCUGCUCCAGUUGGACUUCGCCGCCGCCUUCCUGGAGAUCCCCUUCGUCAGCAUCCGGGAGGAGGAAGAGGAGGAGGAGGAGGAGGAAGGCAGAGGGGGGCAAAGUGCGAAGACCCCCAUGCCCUUCAGGAGCCGGAACCCCUUCCACCUUCACAUGGACCGGAGCAACGACUUUGAGACGCUCCUGGAGCUGCUGGCUAACAUAUUCCGCUCCAACAAAUGGCGCGAGGUCACCUUGGUGCUGUGCCAGGCCUGGGACGUCCCUGCCUUUGUGGACCUGUGGAGCAGCUACGCCGAGCUGGAGAGGACGGCCGUGGUGGACCUGAGCUUCCUUGAGGAGAAAGAGGCCGCCCGCCUCCUGCGCCGCCACUUGGAGGAGUACCGGGAACUUCCCGGCCCCGCUCUGCUCUUUGGCUGCAAUGCCCACCACUCCCAGCUGGUCUUCCGGACGGCCAGGGACCUUGGGGUGCUCCAGGAGUUCCACUGGGUGCUGGGGCAGCCCCAGAAUGUGGACGAACUUCGGACGGAAGGGCUGCCCCUGGGGCUCUUAGCCUACGGGGAGGUGGGCAGGCCGUCCCUGGAGCAGUUUGUCCACGACGCGGUGGAGCUGGUGUCGAGGGCCAUCUCCAGGGCCGUUUACGUCCGCCCGGACCUCGCCCUCAUCCAGAACAUGGUGAACUGCAACGACAAGCACACCGUCGCCUCCGAGUCCUCAGGGCGCUACCUCUCCCAGUUUUUAGCCAACACGUCCUUCCGCGGCCAGACGGGGGAGGUCUUCGUGCACAACACGUCCCGCGUCCACACAGAUCGCCACUACAAAGUCUGGAGCCUCCUGAGGGACUCUGUGGGGCAGCCCACCUGGGUGACGGUGGGGACCUGGAAAGGGGGCGAGAUGGAGGUGGAGGAGGGGACGUGGCCCCAGCACCUGCAGCGCAGGAACCAGGCAGAGGGCUUUUGCCGUAUGAAACUGCGCGUGGUGACCUUGGUAGAGCACCCUUUCGUCUUCACCAGGGAGGUGGAUGAAGAAGGCAACUGUCCUGCUGGCCAGCUGUGUCUGGACCCCCGAACCAACGACUCGGCCGUGCUGGACACCCUCUUUGACGAGCUCAACUCCGAGAACGGCUCAGUCCCCGCUGAGUACCGGAAAUGCUGCUACGGCUACUGCAUUGACCUCCUGGAGAAGUUGGCCGAGGACCUGCCCUUUGACUUUGACCUCUACAUCGUGGGGGACGGGAAGUACGGGGCCUGGAAGAACGGCCGCUGGACAGGGCUGGUGGGGGACCUCCUGAGCGGGACAGCCCACAUGGCAGUGACGUCCUUCAGCAUCAACUCGGCCCGCAGCCAAGUGAUCGACUUCACCAGCCCCUUCUUCUCCACCAGCCUGGGCAUCUUGGUGAGGAUCCGGGACACGGCGUCUCCCAUUGGGGCCUUCAUGUGGCCGCUGCAUUGGACGAUGUGGGUGGGCAUCUUUGUGGCUCUCCACAUGACCGCCCUGUUCCUCACCCUCUACGAGUGGAAGAGCCCCUACGGGAUGACCCCCCACGGGCGCAACCGCAUGAAGAUCUUCUCCUACUCCUCGGCGCUCAACCUCUGCUACGCCAUCCUCUUUGGGCGAACCGUCUCCAGCAAGACCCCCAAGUGUUGGACCGGGCGCUUCCUGAUGAACCUCUGGGCCAUCUUCUGCCUCUUGGUCCUCUCCAGCUACACCGCCAACCUGGCUGCCGUGAUGGUGGGAGAAAAGACCUUCGAGGAGCUGUCUGGGAUUCACGACCCCAAGCUGCACCAUCCGUCACAAGGAUUCCGAUUUGGGACUGUCUGGGAGAGCAGCGCGGAAGAAUAUAUCAAGAAGAGUUUCCCAGACAUGCACGAAUACAUGCGGCGGCUGAGUGUCCCCACGACCCCCGCAGGCAUCAAAAUGCUCAAGACCAACCCUCCGAAGCUGAACGCCUUCAUCAUGGACAAGUCUCUGCUCGAUUACGAGGUGUCCAUCGACUCCGACUGCAAGCUCCUCACCGUCGGGAAACCCUUUGCGAUCGAAGGCUACGGGAUCGGCCUUCCCCAGAACUCGCCCCUGACCUCCAACAUCUCGGAGUUCAUCAGCCGCUAUAAAUCGUCCGGCUUCAUGGACCUCCUGCACGACAAAUGGUACAAGAUGGUCCCCUGUGGAAAGCGGGUCUUUGCUGUCACCGAGACCCUGCAGAUGGGCAUCUACCACUUUUCGGGGCUCUUUGUCCUACUUUGCAUUGGUCUCUGUGGUUCUUUGCUGACUUCCCUCGGAGAGCACAUCUUCUACCGCCUCAUCUUGCCUCGCAUCAAACGCAAGAAGAAGUUCAACUACUGGCUUCACACCAGCCAGAAAAUCCACCGGGCGCUGAACAUGGGUUUGGAGGAGCAGAGGAACAAAAAGCUGAAUUUGGAGAAAAGGUGCAACAUCCAAAAGAGCCAAGAGGAACCAGAGGCCCCCCCGCCGCCCCCGCCGCCCUCCAACCAGCCAGGUUGGAACAACCUCCGCCGGGCAGCCGUGAAGAAGGAGGACAAGCGCGUCCACUUCAACAUCGAGAACGCCCCGGACGAGGCUUCGGAUGAGGAGCGAGAGGCCCCCGUCUGGCACUGCAUGAACGGCCAGGAUCCGCAGCAGCAGGGCAGCAAGGAGGACAAAGAGAAGGAGCUGAAGGAGCUGGAGAGGAAGAUCGAGGACAUGCGCGAGCAGCUGCGGGCUGCCCUGGUGCGCAAGAGCGAGCUGAUGGUGGCGCUGGGGCCACCACCCAAGGCGCCCCGCCUGCCGCCCGCCCUCAAGGCCUUGAUCAAGGAGAGCAACGAGGACAGGUGAUGCCCAGGGGCAGGGGCCGCCUCUCGCCGGCUGGCUGUGCGGGGCGGCUCCAGCCAGUUGUGGAGACGGACAGCAGCAGCAACAUGUGCUCGGGCUCUGGAACACUUUCGGAAAGGCUGCAGGAGGACUUCUGCGCUUGAGUGCUGCUGGGAUACAGCUUGGGGUGGCCAGCCGUGGGCUCAGGGAAAAGGUUUGCUCUGGACUCUGCCAUGUUUCCCGGAGUCGAUUUGCAAGAGGGGGCUGCGGCAGGUGGCGUGCUGAGCCUGCACUUUGCAUGCAGACGUUUCCAGGAUCAACUCGCGGCAAUGCCAGUUUUUGUUUUUUUAAAGAUCUCAAGUAGCAAACAAGUCCCAGGAGAGAGCCAUUAUAUAUAUAUAAGGCUGCUGUGUUCGUACGUUCAGACCCUGACACGCUAGAUCUUGCCAUCGCAAGCUGGUUCUCGGUAGGUUUGCCAAGCGGCUGCUGGGCGCAUAGGAGCAGGCCUGCAAGCAAUCAGUUGGCGCACUCUCCAGCCACCAGGUGCUGUCCCAGUGAAACGUAUAUUGGAAUGGCAGAACAAUCAGGGAAGGGGAAGGCUGAGGUCCAAUCCUUUCCAGUGACACCAGGGCUUGGGAGGGCGGUUGUCUUUGAGCCCCUCCACGUAGGACUCCAACUCCCAGCAUUCCCAGGGCCAGUGGUCAAGGAGGAGGAUGGGAGUUGGAGUUCUGCAACACCAGGAAAGCCAUGGGUGUCCUCAGCAGUGUCAAACGAGAGAUGGGCAAAUGUCUCUGUUCAGAAGAGGCAUUAUUUCCUGGGAGCAGGGAAGGCCUCUUCAGAGGUCAGGGCUGCAGACCAAGAGGCGGGAGUGAUGGGCACCAAUCUGGAGGGUUCGAAACAGGACCAGACAAAUUCGCAGAAGAGGGGAGAGCGAUUGCGGGCUACUAGUAAGGAUGGGCAGUACCUGGUUUCCAACAUUGUGAUAGAUAUCACCAGCUAAACAUUGUGAUACAUAGAUAUGUCACGAUGUCUGAAAUAAGGAUGGAGCGAUGUAGAGGCAUUGGCUGGUCCUGCAUUGUGAUUUUUGCAUAGCACACAAACACAUCAUGAUAUCACGAGAUGGACUUCAAACCGGUUUUGGAUGAUAUAUUGAUAUAUCACCCAGGCGUAGCUACGAGCCAGGACAGCUGUGCUCUCUGUGUCCACAGUCAGAGCAGCCACACUUCUGAAUCCCAGUUGCUGGAGACCUUGGGGCGGUGUGUGUCAGGGGGAGACGUGCUGCUGCUUGCAUUUGGGGGGCAUCUGGUGAGGACAGGGGGCUAGACUAGAUGCCUCUCUUUGUCCUCAACCAGCUGAAAAACUCAUCUCUGGUUCUUUUGAGCUGCGAGUUCAGCAGUUUCUUGGAGGGGCACAAGACUCCCCCACGAUCCCUGGGGUGGACGCCCUAUGGUCUGACUGUUAAUGGCAGAUUAAGAUGUUCACAUUUCAGAGCCUUUCAGUCUAUUUCUGAUGGGGCCUUUCCUUCGCUUUUCUGCAGGCAAUUUAAUUUUAAUGCAUUUAUUCCUUACGACGACCUGUUGGGUUUCCUGCACAGCUCAGAGGCCUUUGGUCUAAUCAGGCUGCAACCUGGCAAUAUUAUUGUUGUUAAUAAUAAUUAAUAGAUUGCAUUGUUUGGGCUCAGAUUGCUAGCAUUUCUCACCUCCUGUUCAAAUGCAGGUGUUGGGCUAGGCUGCCAAAGAGGUUCUUAAGCAAUGAUUGACAAGAUCGAGAGCCAGUGGGAGCCACACGGACUCUUCAUGCACCCUCCCCUAGCCCCUCCCUUGAGUGGCCCUUAAUGGCUGGCAUGGGCCCAAUCCGCACUAUAGAGAUAAAGCAGUGCCAAGCUGCUUUAAAUGUUCUUGGGUUUUUCUCCCAAAGUAUCCUAGUUUGCUUGGGGCACUGAGAAUCAACAGCAAUUCCUGGAGUGGUUUAACAACCAAUUAACCACUUUGAGAAUUGCAAAUUCUCUAGGAGGGAGAAUAGGGGGCACCCUAAUGAUUCUCCUCACCCAAACUCCACUUCCCAGGACUCCAUGGGGGAAACUGUGGCUGUUUGAAGUGGCACCAUAACACCAGAAAUGCAUAGCGGACUAGGAAUGCCGGAAUGGAAUCAUGUGAUUUGGGCCUUACAGAUCCUUGCCAGCGCAGUGUAGGCUACUAUCCACAGUCUUCUGCUGGGAUAUCAUCCCAUUCUCAAUUUUACGAUGAACAAUCCAAGAUCUGUUGAGCAGCACAGGUUAGGCGAAGGUCAACUGAAGCCAGCAGCUCAGGUUUCGCAAAGUUUAGCCUAAGUAACUUGAAUAACUGGAGGACUGGGUAAGGGGCUUGUGCAGAGCUUAGUGGGUUUUUUGUUCAGGCAGCGCCAGUUUAGCAAAACUGAGUGUGGUGUUCUGCUUUGAUCAAGCAGCUCAUGUUUAGCAAUGCUUAGCUUAUAGCAAAGAUUAACUAACUUGCCAAGGAGCAGAGGGACUUUUUUGCGGAUCUGCAAUUUGACUGAGCUGCGGAAUAAGCGGAAAUCUUCCAAAAUUAGGUUGCAGAGGACAUAUUGCAAAUGACAUCAUUGCUCGGGCAAAGAUCAGUUCCCGGAAAAGUCUUGCUUUCGUUAAUCAACAGUAUAAUUAAGCUCAGAUGUGAUGCCGGUUUUUGCCAAUGCUUCCAGUUGGGACAAGGGAGGGGGGCAUAGCUAUUGGGGAUCCUCAGGUUGCUGAUAUAAUUUAUUAUCCCCCUCCUCCUUUCUGCUUAUCCUCACAGCACGUAGGUGCAGCGAAUGAACCUGCUGUGCCCAUUUUGCAGCAGGGAAAAACUGAGGCUGAGAGGCAACAAGCCAGUUCACAGUUCAUUCAACAUUGGCGCCCUCCAAGAAGACCCACAACGAAAGAGUGAAAAAAUUCACCCAUGCAAUCAUCACUUGCAAAUACAUAUUGAAAGAGCCAGAUCGGUGUCUGUGAAAUAUGGAUGGAUUGUUGAAGGGAACAUCAAAAUUCUGCAAAAUAGAAUAGUAUACAAAGAACAACUUUGUAACAUGAAAAGGAACAAAUUAAAACUGGGAUUACUUUUAAAUGCUCAUUUGUUAGAAAGAGAAUUCAACCUGCCUGUUAUUUUGCUCUGGUUGUACAGAGCAUUUUAAAUUGAUUUUCUGUGUAUGUGCAUGUAUCUUCCUAUAUAUAUAAUAUUGUAAGGCUGUCAUCACGCAGAUCUGGGCUUGCACUACAAAUCCUCCACUGUGGGCUGGGUGAUGCGGACCCUACAUUUUUAUGCAUAUAAUAAGAUAUAUACAUGGAUGGGUGGCUUCAUAAUAGAUCACUGCAGGAGGUGCGUGUUCAAAACCAACUCAUGCAGGUUGAUUCCCUCCCCCUCCCCAAAUUAGUAUUUCAGGUUCUUCCCAUUCUAAUUUGUUCAUAUGCAGAAACAUUGUUGUUCUAUUGACACAUCUACACCAUAUAUUUGAACACAUGGCUCCCCCUGCCCCAACAGUCCUGGCAACUGUAGUUCACCCCUCAAAGGGUUACAGCAGAGGUCCCCAAACUAAGGCCCGUGGGCCGGAUAAGGCCCGAGGGACUCGUUUAUCCGGCCUGCAGCAACCCCUGCCACC